CGUCCUUCUCUGAUCUCAGCUCUUUCUUUCUUCCUUCCUGCCAAGGCGUGCGCUGCUGGUUAUACCGACCGAUGGGCGCGGGGGCAGCGGGGCUGGAUGUGGCGGGGGCCGUGCCCGCCAAGCGGAGGCGGGUGCUGGCGGCCAAGACCAGAGUGGGUAGGCCGCGGCAAGCGAGGAGGCGCGCGCAGCCGCAGCCGCCGACGCCGCUGCAGCGGCUCUUUCGGGCCUGCCGCGCUGUCUUCAGGGGCCCCGGCACCGUGCCCGCGCCACCCGAGGUCGCCCUGCUCCGGGCCAUGCUCGACAGAAUGAGGCCAGAGGACGUCGGCCUGAGCCCAGACAUGAGAUUCUUCAGGACUAGAGACAAUACGGCCCAAGGGAACCCAACCAUCACACACACCACCAUAUACAAAUCUGACAAUUUCUCGAUGGUCAUCUUGUUCCUGCCGCAAAAUGCGGUCAUCCCUCUACACAAUCACCCCGGGAUGACCGUGUUCAGCAAGCCGCUCAUCGGAUCGAUGCAUAUAAAGUCGUACGACUGGGCCGAUCCUGAUGAUGAUCCAGCCGCCUCAUCGCCCGACGAUCAACUGAGGUUGGCGGAGCUGGUUGUGGAUGAUCUCUUCACGGCGCCUUGCAACACGUCGGUCCUCUACCCGACGGCGGGAGGCAACAUGCACCGUUUCACGGCCAUCGCGCCAUGCGCCAUCCUCGACAUCCUUGGCCCCCCUUACUCCAUCGAAGAGGACCGAGAUUGCACCUACUACGCGGAUGUUCCCUACUCCUCCCAGCAUCCCAAAGGCCGGCGCCUCGCGUGGCUGAAAGAGGUCGACAUGCCGAGGGAUCUGAAGAUGUGCAGCGUUCGGUAUGGUGGCCCGCGGAUCUCCGACAGGUGAUUGAGCCUCGACGGCCAGCGCCGUUCACGACUGAUGAUGAGCAGCUCAAACAACACAAUCAAGAUGAUGUCAAAUCGUUUACCUUGUGAAUAUAGCAGCAAAGCUAGCUAGUUCAACCGCGAGCUUAGGUUUCAGUUUGUGCAUGAUGUCUCAGUGAGUGGUGGCAGUUUAUCAUGUAAGAGUGCUUACCUGCCUGCUUUUGCAGCAGCUGUGUGUGUGGAUCUUGUCCAGAUCCUUUGUUGAUCUUUAUCAAUGCAUAGAUCAUCCAUA